AUGGCGCUGGGUGAAAAUGCUCUAAGCCUUGGUCAACGUUAUCAUCAUGCAGCAGCGCAACUGAGUCGCAGCUUCAAACCUGGAUCAGCAGGCUUAGAACAGGUGCAGCAGUUGUUUCUCGCCGCCUAUUGGUUCAAGUCAGAAGCAAUGUUUGCUGAAGCCUGGCACUCUUUGGGCGCUGCAAUCCAUGAGGCGCAAGAAUUAGGGUCCCCUGUUAUGCCUACUCGUGAACUCGAGUACUCAACGCAGUUCCCAGGAUUACCUUCUCCUUUCAGCCAUGUAGCCCUAGUGGCCCGAUUGAGUCGCAAUAUUUGCACAAAGAUUGAUCUGGUUGAUGAAUUCCCCACCGUGGAGCAGGUACUUGCCGUUCAAGCGGAAGUCGAUGAGUGGGUCGCUUCUUUUCCGCUGGCAUAUCACUUCACGGAGCCGGACAGACGUUGGGAUCUGGAUCAUCCCUAUGUUGUCUCGCAGCGACUCCAGCUUCACACGACUGCGCUGAUGAGUAAACUCGGCCCUCUCAAGCCAUUUAUCACACGAAAAUCGACCGGUCCGACUCCUGAAAUCAAUCAGAAUUUUCGAAAUUUAGGCAUCGACUGCUGCUUAAAGCUAAUCGAAGCUUCGAGGAUGCUGUUUGAUUCAGUAUUUCCGAUUUGCCCUCGAUUCCACCUUUUAGUAUGCUGCAUAUUUGACAGUGCUGCUCUUCUAUGCUCCGCUUUGCUGCACGAUUCACCUACGAGUCUUGCCCAGCGUGGAGAUAUCUUCGAAGCUCUCAAAGUGUCCUUUAGCAUGCUUGAGAAGCUAAAACCUCUCACCAAGAUCGGUUCAGUGUGCUACACUGUCAUUGCUUCCCUUAUAGCGACUAUACGCCUAUCAGCAGCAGGCCACGAGCCUCUUACUACCACGUCUCUCGCCAAGGAGUUGGCACAACAACAACAACUUACAUCUCACAACUUGUCGGAUGUCAAUAACGACACUAUCGAUGGCGAUCCUCUGGCCCAUGAGCCUCAUAGUACUGAUCUCCUAACCUAUCAGUCACUGACCGAGUCGGAAAAAUGGCAGUUUUGGCAAGACCCGAACUCGCAGCCUCCUAGCUUGAGCGACGUCAUCCAGAUGGAUUUAGGAGAGCUUGAUCAGAUCUGGGAUUGGGAUGAGCGCAACCUAGGAUUUGGUAAUAUCAUUUGA